CAAACUAUGCGCAAAAAGAAGUGUUUUCUUCUCCAAGCAUCGAACCAUAACCCCAUUCUCUUCUCUGUCGUUCCUCCGUAUAUCACUCAGAACCGCCAUCGUUCUGCAACGCUGUGCGGUUUAGUCUCUCAGACACAGUUCCUUCUGCGCACCGUCACACGCCGGUAAUUCUGGAGAUAUCAGUUUGAUGGAGCCUCUGUAAACUACGAAGUCUCGAAGAGAUAGGAGCAUGAGAAAAUCAUCUACGGUGCACUUGACUGAAGUUAUGAAACCACAAAUUUGGGAAAAAUUUCCUGAAGAUCUAUUUGAGAAUGUUCUUGCACGACUUCCCAUUGUCACAAUUAUUCGCUUCCGCGCUGUAUGUCAGCAAUGGAAUAACUUGAUAAGCUCACAGAGUUUUUCUCAGUUUUGUGCUCAAGUCUCACAGGAAAAUCCAUGCUUUUAUACAACUUUUGGAGAUUAUGAUUAUGAAGCCAUGUAUGACCCUUAUAUGAAAAGAUGGUAUUAUCCUAAUACACUUGAAUUCUCUGCUUUCCCGGUUUCUUCUGCAGGAGGUCUAGUUUAUUUUCAGUACGAAUGUUUUAAUACAAAUUUGUGUGUUUGUAAUCCAAUGACUAAAUCCUUCAAGAAGUUGCCGAAUGGUUGGAUUAAGCGGUGGUGUCAUUUAGGGAUGACAAUGAAUGGGAGUGCAGACUACAGGGUCCUAAAAUUGGGUUGUAGAAAAUAUGAAAUUUACGAUUCAGUAACAAAAUGCUGGAGUCAUCUAGGAAAGAUACCUGAAUGUAUUAAGGGGCCAGGCUGUAUUAUUUCCACUUCUAUCUCCAUUGACAACACACUUUACUUCAUGCAUAAACAUCAAAACAUUGUUUCCUAUGACACAUCAACUGGGGUUUGGACACAACACUUGAUCCAAGCGCCGUUGCAUUCAUCGGGCUUAACAUUGGCCGUGUCUGAUGGGAAGAUCAUGCUUGUGGGGAUACUCGAAGAGAAUGAUGCUACAUUUGUGUGCAUAUGGGAGGCGCUGAAAAUGACUUUCACAUUGAAGGAGGUUGAUAGAAAGUCGCUCUUAAAAUUUCACCGGAGGCCGGUAGGCUUGACUUGCGUUGGAAACAAAGGUUUGCUCUUGUGUUGCUUGAAAUCAUGCAAUAUGUAUCGUAUGAUUAUUUACAACAUAGCAACUAGGGAAUGGUUGACGGUUCAAUUGCCAUUUAGAAGAAAAGUGUUCAAGCAGCAUCUCGUACGUGCCACUGCAUUCCAACCAUGCCUGACUGCAAUGCCUUGAUUCAACCUAGUUCAAUCUUUUAACAUUUAUUUUUGGAUAGCUAGUUUAGAGUUUUGUAAAAAAAAAUCCAUUUUAUAUAGAGUUUGCUCUUGUGUUGCAUA